UUAUAUGUUAUAUUAGAUUAACAAAAACUAGUGUUAAACUAAAAAUAUUUUUUUUUUUGGUUUUUUAAACAUGACUUUAAUUAAGUUAAUUUUGACAACAAUUUUAUUGUUUUCAUCGGUUAAUUGUAGUCUAAUUGUUAAACGGGAUACAAAUAAUGACUCACCAUUUGUAACGAUUGGCCAGUUUUUGAACACAACUCUGGGCUCAUGGAGGACACGACUACACCAACAACAACAACAACAAACUAACCUAACGUUACCGUCGAUGGACUCAAUUCUGGCAAAUGCUGGCCAACUGCGCGAACAAUUGCGUACAGCGGCUGGCGAUGCCAUUCAGGGACUACGCGGACAGUUGGCCAACAUUACCGAACUAGUAAAUCGCCGGCUAAGGGAUGCGGCCACCAAUGAGGCCGGUGUUGUCUACGGACUGUACGGUCAAGUGGUCAACGCCAGUUCGGGUAUUGGCAACAACAACGAGACCCGACAACGUGUUAGGCAAGCGUUUACAAUGGCCGCCGACCGAUUGGCCAAUUUGAGUGCCCAAUUGGCCAACAAUUCCAUUGAAGUGGCCCGUGAUUUGCGUACGACAGGUAGUCAACGAUUUAGGCGGGCAUUGGCCAGAGCUGGCAACGAUACUUCCCGAGCUUUGGGUGCCAUACAAGUGGCCAUCGAUGCUGUACGCAAUGAAACUGCGGUUCAACUAAAUAGCACUGCUGUCCAGCAAAACGUAGCCAAUCUGGCCACUAGUGGCCGUAAAUUGGCCGGACGUUUGCGCGAUUUAGUUAACACUACAGCCGCUGAUUUAGGCCAACAAAUGGACAGCCGAAGUAUGGAAUUGCGUGAAACCGGUAGACAAUCGCUGGUAUCGUUGCGCACAGGUAUCGAUAGUUUGGCCAACAGUUUAGGCCAAUGGAGGACGACUAGUGUAUCGGAUAGUGUGACUACCGGUGCCGAUAGUCUACAACAAUCGGUUAGUAAUGCCGUACAAACAGCUGGCGAUAAGUUAACCAGAGAGUCGAUGGCCAUCGGAGAUCAGAUUCAAGCACUGGUAGCUCAGCAAACAAAUACAAGCCCUAUAUUUGGCUAUUAGUUAAUAAUAAUAAUAAUUUUUUUCAAAUGAUUUUUAUUUUAAUUAUACAUUUAUACAAUUUG